AUGGCUUGUAAUUACGUUGUCACAGCUCAUAAACCUACAGCGGCCAACGCUUCAUUAUUCGGCAAUUUCACUGGCCCCCAUGAUCUCAAUUUAAUUGUGGCUAAAAACAAUCGUUUGGAUAUUCAACUGGUUACCGCUGAAGGGCUUGUACCACUUCUAGAUGUCGGAGUCUACGGUAGAAUUGCUAGCAUGCAGCUAAUAAGACCUGAGAAUGAAAAUUGUGAUUUACUAUUCAUUUUAACGUGCCGAUAUCGCGUCUGUAUUUUGCAAUAUAAACCAGAAACUAAAUCAAUUAUUACGCGGGCUUACGGUGAUAUGAAGAAUCGUGUCAGCAGGCCCUCGGAAACGGGAUUGAUCGGUAUAGUCGAUCCAGAUUGUAAAGUGAUUUGUUUAAAAUUAUACGAUGGGUGGUUAAAAUUAAUCCCGUUAGAAUUAGAUACCGAUAAAGAAAUGAGUGCUGAGGAUGUCAGAUUGGAAGAAUUACAAGUUCUUGAUGUCAAAUUUCUUUAUGGCUUUACAGAACCAACGAUAGCGUUAAUAUAUGAAAGUGGUCAGAACCGGUAUUUGAAGACCUACGAAAUAUCUCUGCAAAAUGCCGAUAUACAUCGCCAACCCUGGAACAUCGGGAAAGUUGAGGAAGAAGCAUUUAUGAUCUUACCUGUUCCGCCUCCUUCGUGUGGAAUGGUCGUUAUCGGUGCAGGAUCUAUUUCAUACUAUAAAGGUCAAGAUAGCUUACAUAUAACUCCAGCUAGCCUUAAGGAUCGAAUCACAUGCUUUGGCCGUGUAGAUUCGAAUGGCUGUCGCUAUCUUUUGGGAGAUUAUAGUGGUAGACUGUUUAUGCUUAUAUUAGUUCAAGAACAUUCGCAAUCUGGAAUAAAAGUCAAAGAUCUUUGCUUAGAAUACCUAGGAGAAACGUCUAUUCCAAGUUGUAUAACGUACCUCGAUAAUGCAUUUGCCUAUAUUGGCUCCUCUUGUGGCGAUUCCCAGCUUAUUAAGGUACUGAAUACUUCACCGGAUUCAGAAACUGACUCUUAUAUUGAUGUGAUCGAUAAUUUUACCAACUUGGGUCCCAUUAUUGAUAUGGUUUCUGUGGACUUAGAUAAACAAGGACAAAGCCAACUUGUCACUUGCUCUGGUUUUGGUAAGAAUGCCUCAUUACGGGUCUUAAGAAACGGCAUUGGCAUUCAUGAAUUGGCGAACAUAGAUCUAGACCAUAUUUGUGGUAUUUGGCGUUUACGAACAGUUUCUCGCAGUAUAAGUGAAUAUGAUGAUGUUUUGGUGCUUUCUUUUGCUGGUCAUUCUCGCUUUUUAAAAUUUGACGGCCGAGAAGUUGAAGAAACUGAUAUUUCUGGUUUCGAUGAUUAUAAAGAAACUGAUUUUGCGGCUAAUGUUGCUUUCGAUCAAAUAGUUCAGAUAUCAAACGAAUCUGUCCGUCUUGCUGGUUGUGAUGGAAGAGGCCUACUACAGGAGUGGAAACCACCGAAUGGAAAAACUAUUAGCAAGUCAACUGCUGGCAAUACGCAAAUAAUGGUAGCCAGUGGUUGUGAAUUAUUCUAUCUAGAAAUUGGUGAGGGCGAACUGAAGCAAGUCAGCAAUAUUUCAUUAGAGCAUGAUAUCGCCUGCAUUGAUAUCAGUUUGAAAGAUGAUAACGAGCGGGCUCAAAUUUGCGCUGUCGGCCUCUGGGUUGACAUGUCUGCUCGACUGUUAUUACUACCCAAUUUGCAGUUGAUGCUCACGGAGUCCCUUGGUGGUGAUAUUAUUCCACGAUCCAUCAUGCUAAAUAGAUUUGAUAACGAAAUUUAUCUGUUGGUAGCCAUGGGUGAUGGUACUCUUGCUUACUAUCUGGUCAAUACUACUACCUGUUCCCUAACCAACAGAAAAUCCGUCAACCUUGGCGUAGUACACAGUAACCUGUACACGUUUAAGUCUGGUUCCAUUUCAAACGUUUUUGCCUGUAGUGAUCGUCCUACCGUUAUUUAUAUAAAUAAUCAUAAAUUAGUAUUUUCGAAUGUUAACCUUAAGAAGGUAAAUUUUAUGUCACCGUUCCACUCAGAGUCGUUUCCGAAUAGCUUGGCCUUAGUAAAUGAUUCAGGUUUUAUAAUUGGAACUAUUGAUGAAAUUCAAAAACUACAUAUCAGAACAAAGCCUUUAGGGGAAACUACGAGGCAAGAAGAAUCCCAAAGUUUCGGCAUUAUUACCUGUAGAACUGAGGUGCCUUCUGAAGACGACAAAAACUUCGUGCCAACUCAUCAAAGCGCAUCACUACUAGUAUCAAACCGUACUAUGUGCCCAGAACAAAGUGAUAACUCCUCGUCAACUUUUGACAGUGACACUCUUUCAGAGAAAAAUAUUGACUCGGUUCUCAUUAUAGAUCAGCACUCUUUAGAUGCUCAAUGUGCACUCCAGUUACAAGACUGUGAAUGGGGCAUGAGUUUGAUAUCAUGCACGUUUGAGAACGAUCCAGAGGCUUAUUAUUGUGUUGGUACCGCUUUUGUAAAUCUAGAAGAUAAGGAACCCACCAAAGGCAAUAUUCGAAUAUUGAAAUACUUCGAAGGUAAAAUUCAACAAGUACACAGUAAAGAAGUUUCGGGAGCAGUAUACUGCAUGGUUGCUUUCAACGGCAGGCUUCUAGCCUCAGUCAACAGCACGGUUUCUGUUUAUGAAUGGACAUCUAAUAAGGAGUUAGUAGAAGAAACAUCGUUCCAUAAUAACGUCCUGGCUCUAUAUUUGAAAACUAAAGGAGAUUUUAUUCUCAUUGGGGAUCUAAUGCGGUCAAUUUCGUUAUGCGCUUAUCGACCUAUGAAUAAUGAGAUCGAAUUGAUUUGCAAGAACAAUGACCCUAAUUGGAUGACCGCUGUGGAAAUAAUCGAUGAUGAUUCUUAUUUAGGUGGCGAAAAUUCUCAUAACUUAUUUACCUGCCAGAAGAAUAGUUCGUCGUCAGAAGAAGAACAGAAACAUUUACCGACGGUCGGUGUUUAUCAUGUGGGAGAAUUUGUAAACGUUUUUAGACAAGGGUCUUUGGUAAUGCAAAAUACCGUUGAUAUUCCUGAUAGCGUACAAGGCUCUAUCUUGUUUGGUACUGUAUCUGGUGCAGUUGGUGUUGUGGUCACAUUGGCACCAGCUAUGUUCGAAUUUGUUUCGGCAAUUGCAAACAAACUAUCCACUGUUGUCAAAGGCGUUGGGAAGAUUGAACACCAAUUCUGGCGCUCAUUUUCUAAUGAUCGUAAGACUGAGCCGUGCCAAAGUUUUGUUGAUGGCGAUCUUGUUGAGAGCUUCUUAGACCUUUCGCCGGAAGAUAUGCAAAGAGUUGCAAACGGAUUAACUAUACAAACUGCGGAUGGCACUCGCCCGGCUAUGGUAGAGGAUGUUUUGAAAACCGUCGAAGAACUUAGUCGUAUACAUUAA